AUGUCAGCAAAUGAUAUUCUUGAUGUGUUAAACAUUCAACGAGAUGAGUCGAAUCAGCCACCCAAGAAAAAGCAGAAAUCAUCUUCGACGCCUACAUUACCAGAUGGUAAACAAUUAACUGGGAUGGCCAGAGAAUUAUAUAAUUUAGUAGGUCCAAAUACACCACCUAUAAACUUAAAUUCAAAUUCAUAUACUGCUAAUAAAGAAAAAAUGAAAAAGUUCAAACCAUCUCCAUGGACUAGAAUGCCAUUCACUCCUAAACAAGGUAUAGAAUUAAAUCAUUGGGUUAAGGGUUCCAAAGAGUUGAUUGAACAACAAGAGUUCGAAGAAGAUGGUACACCCAAACCAUAUUUUUUCGAAAAAUAUAACGUUCAGUUGGAAAUCCCUGAAUUUGUCGACGAAGACACUUAUGAUCUUUAUAUGAUCGAGAUUAAAGAAUAUGAGAGUAAGAUGAAAGAGGAAAGAGCAAGAAGAGAGAAAGAACGCAAAGAAAGGGAGAAGAGAGAUUUAGAAGAGAAGAAGAAAAAGCAGCAACAGCAACAACAGAAAUCACAACAAAAUCCACAGAACCAGAUCAAGGACGAUGAAAAAAAUCAGGAUACAAGAAACAACACAGAUAAAAAGGACAGUGAACAAAAAUCUGAGGACAAACCAACCGUAGAGGCAAAAAAGGAAACUGACGAAAAGAAAGAUGAUGUGGUAUUGAAAGAUAAUACAAAUGAGACGAAACCAGUCACCGAGACUACAAAAUCAGAAACGGAAACUACUGAACAGAACAACUCUGAAAAGACCAAUGAAAAUGAAACUAACAAAACCAACGAUAAAGAUGGAGAAGGGAACCUUACUAAGAGUAAAGACUCUGCUACGGAAGAUCAAUCAAACAAUAAAAAAGAAAAUGACGAAGACACAGAGCUGGAGUGGACAUAUAAAGAAACCAAACAUUUAUUUGAAUUAUGUCAGGCAUUUGAGUUGAAAUGGCCAAUAAUUCAUGAUAGGUUUCCAAAUCCAAAUCGAACAGCAGAAGACUUGAAAGAACAAUUCUACAGAAUAUGUAUCAAAAUUCUCGAGAAUCAAAAAAAUAAAAACCAAGCAUUAAUAGAUUCAUUAAAGGCUUAUUGCAAACCUCGAGAAUUGGAAAGAAAACAAUAUCUUGAAAACUUGCUUAAGAGAACGCCAGCAGAAAUUGCUGAGGAGGAAUCAUUAGUUAUUGAAGCAAGAAGGUUCGAAAUAGCAGCAAAGAAGAUGUUAAUGGAGAGAUCAAACUUGUUAACAUUGCUCGAUUCUCCACAAACUACUCAAAAUGUAUCACAAUAUCAAUCUUCUCAAGGUAUAACCAACUUGUAUAACAAUUUGUUAAUUUAUGACAAACAUCAAAAGAAGAAGCAAAUGGCAAAUAAGUCGAACCCUCAACAAGAACCAGUCCCACCACCAAUACCAUUAGCUGCAUCAUCAUCUGUGAAACGUGACCGCGGUUUCCAAACUCAACUUCAGCAAUACUUGUCUAGUUUUUUGAAACAAAAUCAUCAUACAAACCCUGCAGUCAAACAGGAAAUCAAUUCUAUACAACAGUUAUUAAUGAAAAGGUUGACUCAAAAGGAAGAAGAAGCAUAUGGUUUGUAUUUCCAUGGAACAGAAAAGUUAAAUCCAGGUGUAAUGCUUAGGUCUCAACAAAAACUACCUGGUUUAAAUCAAAGACAAUCAAUAUUAAAGUCAGUCAAUAUUUUGUUACAAGAAAUGGAUAUCCCUACUGGAGGUGGUACUUCUUGGAAACCAAUAAUGCCCACCAGGAAAACCAUGGCAAAAUACGACGAAUUAAUUCGGUCAGUCGUAACUUUACUUGAUGUGAAAAAGGCCAAAGACAAAUUGGAAUCGGAAAUCAAAUUGAUAAAGAGUCAAAGAGGGCUAUAA